UUUAUACUGAAAAGCUUUACUAAAAUUUCCUUAGCUGAAUUUCAACUGCCGUUAGUUAGUUCAAUGGCUUCACUCCGCAUCUUGACUUUGCCUCUCACAACCCUAAUUUUGGCGCUAUUCGUCAGAAUCAUCUUCGCCGUAGUUUAUCACCGGCGAAAGCGGAGGAAUUCGGUCGGAUUCUUCCAUCCCUACACCAACGACGGCGGUGGAGGCGAGCGAGUGCUAUGGUGCGCCGUCAAAGCCGUCCAAGAGGAGUCGCCUGACCUCGAUUGUGUCGUCUAUACCGGCGAUCAUGACGCUUCGCCUGAGUCUCUUGCCGCUCGAGCGAUUGAUCGAUUCGGCGUCGAGCUGAUCCGCCGUCCGAAGGUGGUGCAUCUUUACAAAAGGAAAUGGAUUGAUGAGACUACUUAUCCUCGAUUCACUAUGAUCUGUCAGAGCCUUGGUUCGAUGUACCUUUCAUGGGAAGCCUUAUGCGCAUACACUCCACUGUAUUAUUUUGAUACCAGUGGGUAUGCAUUCACAUAUCCCGUUGCAUGGAUGUUUGGAUGUAAAAUCAUUUGCUACACGCAUUACCCAACAAUCAGUUUAGACAUGCUAUCCCGGGUUAAUGCACGGAACUCUAUGUAUAACAAUGAUACUUUGAUUGCUAAGAGUGCCUUUUUCUCACAGUGCAAAGUCAUCUAUUAUAAGCUUUUCAGCUUGAUGUAUGGAAUUGUAGGCUCUCAUGCACAUCUUACAAUGGUUAAUUCAUCAUGGACACAAUCUCAUAUUCAAAAGCUUUGGGGAAUUCCAGAUCGUAUCAAGAGGGUCUACCCUCCCUGUGAUACUUCUGGUCUUCAGAUGCUGGCAUUAGAAAGGUCAAUGGAGCCAAUAAAGAUUAUUUCCGUGGCUCAAUUUCGUCCUGAGAAGGCACAUCUGCUUCAACUUGAGGCAUAUGCUGCUGCCGUCAAGAUUUUGGAUUCAGAUCUGCCAAGACCGAGGCUACAAUUUGUUGGGAGCUGUAGGAAUGAAGCCGAUGAGAAAAGAUUGCAACACUUGAAGGAUCGGACCAAGGAGCUUGAAUUGGAUAGUGAUGUGGAAUUCCACAAAAAUGUAACCUACAGUGAGCUGGUGAGUCUUUUGGGUGGUGCUGCAGUAGGAAUUCAUUCCAUGGUGGACGAGCAUUUUGGCAUCAGUGUGGUGGAAUACAUGGCUGCCGGUGCCAUACCAAUUGCACAUAACUCAGCUGGCCCUAAGAUGGACAUUGUGUUACCCGAAGAUGGAAAGCAAACAGGAUUUCUCGCGAAAACUUUGGAAGAAUAUGCAGAUGCCAUCCUUAGCAUUAUCAGAAUGCCGGCAUCCCAGCGACUUGAGAUGGCUACUGCUGCGAGGAAACGAGCAUCGCACUUCUCGGAACAAAGAUUCUAUCAAGAUUUCAAAUCUGCAGUUCGACCAAUUAUGUCAAAUACCGCUCACUCCGUGACAUAAUUUUAUCAUACAAACACACACACAGCCUCAACAGUAAAAUUUGUUCCACCAACUUAGACUGAUGAUGAUGACUUAAUUUCCCCCUCUUUUACUACCCAUAAUAUAAAUUGUCUCUUUUUUCUUCAUUGUGUUGUUAUGCUUCUCUCCAGAUAUUGAUCUUAGUCGAUAAAAGAGAAAAUUGAGUUGUAUUUUCUAUUGGCAUUCCAAGUUAAAACUAACACAUUUCAUCUUUUGGCGA